AUGGAAAAUUCUCUUCCUUAUCCCCAAACAAUGCAAACACAAACCCGACAACGGAUUCGAAGGACUAACAAGCCGAUGAUGGAGAAGAAGCGGCGAGCGAGAAUCAACCGAUCACUUGCUGAAUUAAAACAGAUUCUAUUGGAUGCUGCACAUACGUCUCCAUCUCACGGCAAAUGGGAGAAAGCGGAUAUUCUCGAGAUGACAGUCAGUUAUGUGAGAUCGUUGUUGACAAGAAAUGAAACUGGUCGUCCUCCAGUUGUGAUCUCUUCGAGAAGCGCUUCUGACAGUGAAAAUGGAGAGUGUGAACAGGCACAGAACAGCAUGAGCUCUGAUGGACCUUGUUCUCCAUCAACCACACAUUCUUCGGGUACAAGUGCUCCACCGUCUCCACCAACUACACAGGUGUUACUUGGCUCAAAAAGACGUCGAGAUGCAAUUGUUUCCCAACAACCGCUCAUUGAAAGAGAAGAAAAGAUUCAAAAGAUGAGACCUUCAAUCAUCAAUCCAUCUUUCUCCAAUCAUUCAUCAGUCACACCAUCAAUGCCUUCACCUGUACCCAUUUAUGCAAAUCCGUUGAUCAAUCAACUUGCAAUUCAACAGCACUAUGAGAUGUUGUUGAAGGCAGCCUAUUCGUUUCGAUCCACCACCACUCUACCCUAUUCACAAUCAUCAAUUCAUCAACAAAUCCCAUCACAAGUCCCCUCAUCAAAUCUUUUCAAUCCAAUCAAUCUUCUUCCUCCAUAUUCCCAAAUGCCCGCUUUUCUCAACAAUCUUCCACCAAGAAGUGCU